GAGCCGCACAUGCAGGUCUGGGUGCAGACACACGCUGGCAUGCCUGCUUGCCCAUAUGUGCUCCGUAGCCUAGUGUAUAUGUAGGGGGCCAAGCCAGCCUUCCCCAGGCUGAUCUGUCUUCUUGAUUUGAGUGCUUAGGCUGCCAUGACAACGUGUUUGCCAUAAUUCGCCGACAACCCACGAUGGCAGGUGACUGUGGUUCGACCUGCCCAGCCGCAGAUAACUUCUACUCCUACGACCCGAGUGUAGGCGGAAAUGCCGUCUUACUAGCAGCCUUUGCUAUUCUCUCUCUCGUGGUGCCAUACCUUGGCUUUCGGUCAUGGACGCCCCUGUUCUCCGCAACUCUGACCACAGGCCUCCUGGCUGAGGUGUUGGGGUUUGUCGGCAGAGUCCUCCUUCACUCGACAAGGAACAGCCGGACCUACUUCUUCCUCUUCUUGUUCGGCACCGUUUUAGGACCGACCUUCAUCAGUGCCUCCAUUUUUAUUGUCCUACCGCAUAUACUCGGCAUCUACGGAGAACCCAUCAGCCCUUUCCGACCUCUAGUGGCUGGCUUGGUAUUCUUCAGCCUUAUCGCCGUGGCUCUGAUUGUGGAGCUCGUCGGUAUCAUUUUUGUCGCGUACGAGUUUAACAACGUCAGCCAAAGCUCAGGGGCCAAGAUCACGGCCGCCGGGCUGGGCAUCCAGGCUGCCAUGUUGUUCGCAUGCAGUGGAUUGCAUUUCUGGUUUACUCUGGGAGUAAGCACCCAGGCUGAGAACCUUGAUGCUAGCCACUCCCAGAUCUACAACUCCUCUCGAUUCAAGAGGUUUCUCAUGGGAAUGCAGGUGGCGAGCGCUCUUCUCAUCGUCUACUCCAUUUACUGCAUCGUCGAAUUCGCCGGCGGUGUGACUGGAACACUCUCCCAGAACCAAACCGCUUUCAUGAUAAUUGGCGGCGCCAUCCCUCUGAUUGCUUGCAUUAUCCUAACAAUUUUCCACCCGGGAACUGCCUUUGGAGAUGCCUGGGCAGCGACGUCGCCUGGCAGAAUCAAGAAGCGUAGUCGACCACCUCCUAUUCAACCCCCACCCGCAGCUAUCCACGCUACGCACCACCGAUACGAUCCAGACAUUCGCAAACAAUUCUCACCCAUGUCUGAGAAGGGGCUGAGGAACUCCGUCGGCCCUCCUGAGCUUCCUGCUGGAUCUCCCGGCCUCCCGGCAAACCCUCGACCCCUGUCUAAACCAUCGAGCCCACGAAGUCCAGCACACACAGUGGCUCUCUCAGAGGUUGCGGAGAGACGAAUUAGUACACGAUCGGAACGCAUGAGCCAAACACAGAGAGAGUUGGUGAAUAGGGAGGAGUUGUGGUGAGAGUGCUUGGAGGAUGUUGCGGAUAAGACAACUGGGCGGAGAGAAGCGGCGUUGGCCGAGUCAGAAGACUCUGGGAAUUGAUACCUCGACCUGCUGCUGGAUAGCUGUAUCUGUUCUCGUAUAUCUUCUCACUCAUGAGGUAGGACUUUUCGCUGCAUCGUUUUGAUUCAUUCCCCACGGGGAUUACUUUGGCUUACAGCUUGAUGCAUAGUUCACUUGUCUAUGUCAUGUCGGAUACUUGAGCACCCCUU